AUGUCUGAAGAAGGCGCCGACCUGCCCCAUGAAGUCGAGCAUGAUCACGCCACCGCCCCCGAUGGCAGCACACCUGCCGUUGUUGGGUCGGCGAUCGUGAAGCUGGCCAGUUCCAAUUCUGAAUCCGUCGGUGAGAUGGCCAGCGAGACCAGCAACACUGGGUCUAAGCCAGCCAGCCCGGCGCUGCUCCAUGCCGGCGAGGACAGCAACACCGAGUCAAAGAUCGCCAGCCCGGUAGUAUUCCAUGCCGGCGAGGACAACACCGGAUCCAAGCUCUCCAGCCCGGUGGUGCUUCAUGCCGGUGAGGAAAACAACGCCGGAUCCAAGCUCGCCAGCCCGGCGGUGCUUCAUGAUGGCGAGGACAACAACGCCGGAUCCAAGCUCGCCAGUUCGGCGGUGCUCCAUGCCGGCGAGGACAACAACACCGAGUCCAAGCUUGCCAGUCCGGUGGUGCUCCAUCCCGGCGAGAACAAUCGAGCCGAGUACAAGCUCGCCAUCCAGGCGGUGCCCCAUGCUGGUGAGGACAGCACUCCUAUGUCCAAGCUGGCCUGUCCGGUGGUGCUCUAUGCCGGCGAGGGCACAAAUGCCGAUUCCAAGAUGGACAUCCCCAUGCCCCAUGUCAGCGUGGACAGCAACACUAACGCCAGGUUCAAGCAUGAUAGCCCGGCAGUGCUCUAUGCUGAGCUCGCAAGUCAAGUGGUUCCCCAUGCUGGGCCGACGGUGCUCCAGGCCGGCGAGGGCAACAACAUCCAGGCGGUGCCCCAUGCCGGUGAGGACAAUAACGCCGGAUCCAAGCUUGCCAUGUCAGCGGGACUCCAUGUUGGCGAGAGCAACAACGCCUCCAAGUUCAUCAUCCAGGCGGUGACCCAUGCCGGCGAGGACAACAACGCCGAGUCCAGGCUCUCCAGGCUGGGGGAGUUCCAAGCAGGCGAGGGCAACAACACUGCGUCCAAGCAUGCCAUCCAGGCGGUGCCCAUUGCCAGUGAUGACAACAACUCUGGGUCCAAGAUCGCCAUCGAGGCAGUGCCCUAUGCCGGCGAGGACAACAACGCCGGCGGGUCCAAGAUCGCCAUGCUGGCGGCGCUCCAUGACGGCGAGGACAACAACGCCACGUCCGAGCUCACUAUCCAGAUGGUUUCCAAUGCCGGCGAGGACAACAAUGCCGGAUCCAAGCUUGCUAGCCCAGCGGCGGUCAACGCCGAUGACAACAACGUCGAGAAAGGAAAGAACAACAUAGUCGGAGAAGGUAGAGGCAGAGGCAGAGGUAGAGGAAAUGGCAAGGGCAAGGGUGUCGCAACGGAGGAGGAAAAGGGGUUGCACAUCUGGACGGAGAGGGAGCGAAGAAAGAAGAUGAAGAACAUGUUCAGCACCCUGCACGCGCUCCUUCCCCGGCUCCCCGAAAAGGUCGACAAGUCCACUAUAGUGGCGGAGGCCGUGACCUACAUCAGGUCUCUGGAAGGCACCAUCAAGAGCCUGGAGAAGCUGAAGCAGGACCGCAUCCGCGCGCAGCAGGUGGCGGCGGGCGCCAGCUGCAGCCGCGCGGCACCACCACCCCCGCUGCCGCCGCCUGCGCCGGCGGCCCCGACGAGGGAGGCUAUCCUGGCGGACAUGGUCCAGAGCUGGAACGCGCAGGAGGCUAUCAUGGCCGAGCUCAGGGCUGCCGCAUCCGCGGUGGUGUCCGGGGUCCCCAGGGCGGUGGGCAGCUCCUCCGCCGCCGCUGCCGCGCCCGCGCUCGCGCCGGCGCCGGCGCUCCAGACGUGGUCCGGGCCCAACAUCGUGGUGUGCAUCGCCGGCAGCGACGCCUUCAUCAACCUGUGCACCCCGCGGCGCCCCGGGAUGCUGACCAGGCUGCUGCACGUGCUGGAGAGGCACCGCAUCAACGUCAUGGCCGCCACCAUCUCCUCCGACCAGACCCGCAGCUUCUUCUCCAUCCAAGCUCGCAUCAAUGAGGCGACCCCGCCUCCACCGAUGCUCCCGGGGAACCUCAGGGCUGAAGAGAGGUACAAGCUGGCGGUGGGAGAGAUGCUGCACGCCAUCGCCAACUGA